GGAAAAUUCUGAAACCCAAAAAAAAAAAAAGAAUAAGGAGGCACAUACUUCCCCAAUUUCGAGUGUGUGGAGUGCCACUACUGUGAACGAAGAGGGAUAGUGGGAUACUGAGGAAAAAGUGAAACAAAAAUGAGAAUGAGUUAAUGACAACAAAAGCGAAUACUCCUGCACUUUUAAUAGUCAAUUUGAAAUUUGGCCAACAUUCAGAUCUAUCCCCUUUGGAGUUUUCUGAAGAUAGCCAUUUCUAAAAUCCCUCACGAACAUGUCUCCUACAGACAAUGAUUUCGAUCUCAGACGCACAUCUACUCCUCCUAGCGGCAUGGGAAUCAGUGAGUAUAAUUUUGCAGAUAUAAACAAUUUGGAGCACUGUGCUAAGUAUCUCAACCAAACUCUGGUCACCUUUGGAUUCCCUGCUUCCCUCGAUCUCUUUGCGCAUGACCCUGUUUCUAUAGCAAGGACUUGCAAUUGUGUAUAUGCACUAUUGCAGCAAAGGCAGAGGGAUAUUGAAUUCAGAGAGUCUGCAAAUGAGCAGAGACAACGGCUGUUAUCAGACAUAUCAAGAUUAGAGGCCAAAGUGGAGAGGCUGGAAUCUCAAAUACAAGCCAAAGAUAGAGAGAUAGCUACAAUUACUAGAGAGGAAGCUAAAGCUACAGCAGCUCUGAAGGCACAAAUUGACAAAUUGCAGAAGGAAAGAGAUGAGUUUCAGAGGAUGGUUCUUGGUAAUCAGCAAGUCAGAACUCAGCAGAUAUAUGAAAUGAAGAAAAAGGAAAAGGAGUAUAUAAAGUUACAAGAGAGGCUAAAUCAAGUGUUGAUGGAGAAAAAGAAGGAAUCCAGAUCGGGCAUGGAGAUAAUGAAUUUACUUCAGAAAGAAGGGCGUCAACGUGGGACAUGGAAUGGGAAGAAGGCUGACAAUGACUUCUACAAGAAGAUUGUGGAUGCUUAUGAAGCAAAAAAUCAAGAACUAGCUUCUGAAAAUGCCGAUUUGAGGGCAUUAUUGCGAUCAAUGCAGGGUGACAUGCGUGAGUUCUUAAAUGCCCCAAAUGGUUCUUCUAGGCAGUCAGCAACAAGCAAUGACAGGCUAGACGCAGAUCACUUGCAGUCCGCGUUAGGUGGCAGAACGGAUGUUUUUGAUCUGCCUCUCCACAUGGCUAGGGAUCAAAUUGAGGAAAGUCUGCGAAACAAGAUGGCUUCUAUCAAGGAGCGAAUGGGUCAACUACAAGAUGCACAAAAGGGCGCAGAAGUUUCCUCAGAAGUAACAGAGAGAGAGCUUGAGUUAGAAGCUCAGCUUGUUGAGGCCAGGAGCAUAAUCCAAGAGCAGGCAUCGAUUAUGUCCAAACAUCUUACCAAGUCUGAGAAGCCAAGGCGAUUGAGUGGCCAUAUGAAUUCUGAAAGGGACCUACUCAUUUCGUCCCCAACUGAGGGGCUGUGAAUUUUCCAACUUUAGAUGAGCUUUACUCUGCAUGUGACCUUAAUCCUUCUUAAUGUUGAUAAUAGGAGAAAUAUUUGGGUGAUGCUAAUGAACUGCUAUCGCCUAGGCAGGUAAAUGUAUGUCUACUUCAUGAUCAUUAUGUUGGAUACUUUGAUGGAGCAGUAGGAUAAUGUCAUUUGUAGUUGGCAAUUCGUCCGUGUAACGUGAUAUAGAUGAUAAUAUUCUUUUUGUUUCCGGAUGCUAAUUCAGCCUAGCUUAUUAAUAUAUGACGCCCCAAUCUCUGAGAGUAAA